CUGGAUGUAUUUUUAUUUAACCGGUAAUAAAAGAGGUUAUACAAAGUUUAUAUAAAAUAUUUGAUUUUUUUAUCUUAAUGCAAACAUUUGUAUAAUAUAUAAAUCAAUAUUAACAAAAAUUUAUUUUUUAUUUCAAUACACAAAACAUAUUAAUACUCUUUCAAUAUGGUAUCGUUUUUAACUGAUGUGUUAAUUACAGCAGGGCAAGUUGAAAAGCUCAAUCUUCGUGAAAAAAUUUCUCAAAUACAGGAGGAUAUAACAAAGCUAAAAUAUGAUGUCAAAGAUUUCAUGGAUGAUAAUUAUAUUGAAUUUUCAUCAAAACUAACAAAAAAUCAACGUUUAGUUUCUAAAGCUGAAAUACUUACAAAAGAAAUGAACGAUUUACAAAAAAGAAUAGAUGAUCAGAUCAAAGUAGAAUUAUCUGGGUCCAUAAAAGAAUUAAAGAAUCUUUCACAAGCGUUGAAAGAAUCAAAUCUUUGUCUUCACUUAUCUAACCAAUUAUUAUCUCUGGACGAAUGCAUUAAGUUGAUAAAACAAUAUCAAGAAGAACAGCGAUACGUUGAUACUGCUAAAAGCUUAUGCACAAUGCAGAAUUUAUUGGACAAUCCUGAAAGUGAUUUACAAGAUCUUGAUAUUUAUAAUGCCAUUAAAGAGGAAUAUAAAAAUUUACAUGAUUCAUUUUUAUCUCAUGCUUCUUUGCUUUGGGAUGAGCGUAUUUGUUGGACUGGUUUAGAAAAUAAUAAGAAUGAAACAGUCGUUACACUUCAUAUUAAGAAUAAACUUGAGAACAUAGAAGACUUAAUUUGUGGUUUGCAUUACGUCAACAAACUUUCUGAUCAUCUGGAUCAAUUUUCAGAAACAAUAAUGAGUCAUAUAAUUCAACCGAUUAUCAAUGAGCAUUGUUCAGUUUUUGUUUCAAAAGAAAAUAUAUUCACCAUUGAAUAUAUUGAUAGAAAACAAAUACCAGUUUAUAAAAGUGUCCUGCAUAAUUUAAAAUUAUUAUUUAGAUAUCUUCAUGAACAUUUUAAUGUUAUAAUAGAUGAUAAUCAGACUUUACUUAUGAAAAUGCAGCCACAUAUGUUAGAACAAUUAGCAGAAAGUCUUACAAUGAAUUGCAUAGCUAGAACUAUUCCUAGUUCUAGCACAGAAUUAAAAAAUUUUGAACCAGUAGUUGAAGAAACUAAUAACUUUCAAAGUUAUUUAAUAGAAAUAGGAUUUAUCACAGAAGAAAACUUAUUCUUGAAAGAAUACACUGAUAAUAUUGACAAACUUUUUAUUGAUAAAAUAUGUCAAGAUUUAAUGGUAAAAGCCAAAAAUAUUAUCAAGAAAGAUCUUCAUGAUUCAAUUAAACACAUACCAGAGACUCCAUUAAAAUUUCCAAAUGAUGAAUUAGAAAGUGAAGGCGUAUCAAUUCACAGAUACUUAAAUGAAUCUUCUUUUCAACUACCAUCAUGUCAAAUAAGCAAAAGUGCGAAAGAAAUACUAGAUCUUGCAAGAAGUAUUUUGGAUGAGGCAUGUGACAGUUCAGAUGCUUCUGCAGUCAGACUGUUUUAUACAUGUAGAAAUGUAUUUGAAAUGUAUGCAGGUCUAGUACCUGAACAUCACAAAAAAUUUUUGGAAACAAUACCACAGCAAGUCGCUCUAUUCCACAACAACUGUAUGUAUCUUGCACACCAACUACUCACAUUGGCACAUGAAUACAGGGAUAAAUUGCCCAGAUCAUUGCAACAGCUUAACUUAACGUUUACUGAUCAAACACUGAUAUUACGCAAUGUCGGUUCUGAAUGUUUCCUAGAGCACAUGAGAUACCAGAGAGAUAUUAUUAUAGAUAUCCUCAAAGAGUCAGGUUUAGCAGCUCUAGGUCAAGUUUCUGAAUUACCUUCGUCAACUGAACGUGCAUUGAGACAAUGUAUCAGACAAUUAGAAUUGUUGAAGACAGUCUGGUUAGAUGUUCUACCUGUCAAUAUUUAUUGCAGAGCUGUAGGAUGCAUUGCUAAUUCUAUGAUUGAAGAUUUAAUAAUAAGAGUUACAUCCGUUGAAGAUAUACCUGCUGAUAUAGCUUCUGACUUAGUGAUAAUGUUCAAUACAGUAGCAACACGAACGCCAAUGAUAUUUCCAGAAUCUGAGGAGAUAGCACAGUAUGCACGAAAAUGGAAAAAAUUCUUAGAACUUAUUAAAGUCCUUGGUGCAUCAUUGAAAGAGAUCGAAAUUAGAUGGGCAAGUGGGAAAGGUCCUCUUGCAAAAGAAUUUACAGCUAUUCAAGUAAAACAACUUAUUAGAGCAUUAUUUCAAAAUACAGAAAGAAGAUCAGUUCUCUUAGCUUCUAUUAAAUAAUACAAUACUGUAUUGAUAUGUUAUUAAUAAUCAGUGGAGAAAGAAAAUUUAUUUAUA